CCAGGGUGGGGUGAUUUGCAUAGCUCAUGAAUAUGCAACCGAGGGCGGAGCCGCCCUGCCCUUGUUUUGCUUCUCAUGAAUAUGCCGCAGAGGGGUCGGGGCGGCGCUGACUCCGAGCGCGGCGCGGAGGCCGGUGAGGAGCGGCCGGGACCCGGUGUGGCCAGAAGCUGCCAUCCACCUUCUUGCAUCUAGGCAGAACCCAAACCACGACUCCCGUGUCCUUGGACGUCUUCUUUGGGUCCAUGAUUGGCUGUAGACACGGUCUACGUGGUUGGUCCUGUUCUCAACCCCUCUGUGGAGCAACCUGGUCUUUUAACAGCCCUGAUCUACCAUCUGUCGCCUAGGGGCUGACGUGUGAACCGAGUUCAUCGAGCCUCAGCCCAGGUGCCACUAUGGCCUCCCAGACACGCCCCCUGUGCCCCCCACCUCCCUGCCCUACCUCCAAUGGCAGCAUGGGGGCCAGAGGUGGGCAGCCGUCGGGCAGCCCCGAGACAGGUGACACUCGCCUGAAGCCGCCAAUUGGGCCCAAACCCCGUAUGCUGCCCAAACCGGCUGUAACUGCCAAGCCCUGCACCCCGCCACCAUCCCCUGGGUCGCGGCCUCCCCGCCUCGAGUUCCCCUCUGUCGAGAAGAUCAACCUGCUGGCGGGUCCCAAGCCAUACGGUGGCAGCAGCACUGCCCUUAAACGCCUGUCCUUCGGCCUCAAGAGCCUCCCAGGGGAGACUUCCAAUGGGAAGGGGGCGCUGCCACCUGCAGCGAGAGCCUUGCCCUGUACCACGGAAGAGAGAUCACUUGCUCCUGUGACGCUCCCUGAUGGGGGGCCCCUAGGAGUCCUCAAGAGCGCUGCCCCAUUCAAAGUGAAGCCGGUGCCAGUGGCGGCCAAGCGGGAGCGCUUCCCCGGCACCACAGUGGAAGAGAUCUUGGCCAAGAUGGAGCGCCCCCGCAAAGAGGGGUCGGGCAGUCCUGACCCGGCCUGGGGCCCAUGCUCAACCUUCAGCCCUGAUGGCAGCUCUCGCUUCGGGCCCAAAGGCUAUGCCGCCUUUCGGAGACAGCCUAGCGCUGAGGGAGGGGAAGGUGACACCAUCGCCCCCCGCUUUGAGGCCUCCUGGGAAUCUGGGCCCCCCGAAGCACAGAAGAGCAGAGCGUCCUGUGGGGACAAGCCAGUUGCUGGCAGGAUGAAGAGGGAAGGAAGCCCGAGUCCCAUUAGAGAACGCCCACCAGAGCCCCCAGACGGAGAAGCAGAGAGACACCCUGGCCCAGCCUCCAGGGAAAGUGGCUCCUCCGCGGCCAGUGCCAGCUGCGACGGGGACCAGUCCGGACGCAGGAAGCCGCCGUCCCCCCCUGGUUUCUCCUCAGCCCGGACCUGUCCCAUCCCCGUGGCUCCUGCUGAGCUUCCGCUCAGAGCGGCCCCUGGCAACUCUGCUGACCUUGCCCUGGCCCCAGGGGCCCCCUACCUCUCUGCUGAGCAUCCUACCUCAGCCCUGGGGUUCCCCACAGUGUCUGCUGAGCUCCCCGCCCUGGACUCCCCCCCUGCCCACACUGAACUCCCCACCAGGGUUGGGCCCGGCUUCCCAGGCACCCCUGAGUCUCUGGCUAAGUUCCCCAUAGGCCUAGUUCCGGCCCCUGAUGCUCCAGCUGAGCCCUGCCACAGAAUCUCCUGCUCCCUGGGGUCUCUGGAGGCUCCUGGUGAGGGGUCCCAACCCCCUUCUGGCCUCCCUGCAGGCUUGGCAUCAGGCACUCCGGAUGCCCCCGCAGAGCUCCCUUGUAACUCCCCUGCAGGGCGGGCCCUGGCACCAGGCGUCCCUGAAGUCCCUGCUGAGUUGCCCCACAGAAUCACUCACUCCCCUGGGGCCCCCAAAGCUCCUGUUCCAUCCCCAGACACGCCCAAUCUGUGUCCUAAGCUCCCCACCAGAGUCUCUUGGUCUCCGGGGUCCCCCGAUGGACCCACUGAGCCCCCAGUGUCCCUAUACAGCCCCCCAUCUCCUGAGCGGGGCUCCCCUUCACUCCCCAGUGAUGCGGAGCCAUUCACAGGGCUUGCACCAGUGGACAAGGACUUCCAGUGCCCAGAGCUGGGGCUACAGCGCUCCUCAGAUGGGGUGGUGCAGCUGCCAGACAAGGGGCUAGGAAUGGGAGUGCUGGGGGGUUCUCUGGCUGCCCUGCCCAGGGGAGGGCCCCCCCACCCCGGGCCACCCCUGGAGGGUGAGUCCAACUGGACCCUGUCAGAGUCAUUUGAGUGGGCGUUCCCAUCCCGAGCUGUGGAGUGGAAGCCCCCCAGGUCCCCCAUUAGAGAGGCAGAUGACUGUGGCCUCUCUGAGCAGGGGGACUCGGAUGGGGAGGGCCUGGCCCCCAGCCCCAAAGGGUCUGAGGAAAGCAGCAGCUCUGAGGGGCAGAGGGCAAGGCAACUCAGUGCUGCCCUGGAUUGGCAGGAUGCCGAGGUUGCAGGGAGUUCUGCCCGCCUGGAUGGUGCCAUGGGGGCCCCAUGUGAUCAGGGAGCGACUGAGGUGGGGGGCCUGGAGGCCACAUGUCCUGAGGGCCCCAUCGCGCAAACGGAGCCAGCUGUGGCUGAGCUGAAGGGCCCUGCAGUGCUGGAUGAGGUGGGCACUAUCUGGGAGGAGCAAGGCAGGCCACUGCUAGGUGCCCCCCUGCGGCUGACGGAGCCGGAGCCAGACCAGGAGCAAGCCGCCCCAGUCCUGUUGUCUGACGCUCCCCGGCCAGUUGGUGCUGACCGAUGCCAGGAGGACGAAUUGGUGCCAGUGAGAAGCUGCCAGGAGGGCCUGAGGCCGGGCAAGGCGGGUUCUGAGCCGCAUCCCAAUGCGCGCUGGCUGGAUGAGCUGCUGGCAUCGCCCCCGCCCAGUGCAGAUGAGACCAAGAGAAAGGGCACACCUGAGCCCAGGGACCCUGCAGGGCCAGAGGAUCUCCUUGGUUGGUCGCGGAAGGAUCUGUGCAGCGAGUUUGGCAUCAGAGGGGCCCACCGGGCCGAUGAGUUUGGCUGGGCCAGCGAGACUGGCAUGGGGAAGACAGACUGGCCCGGCAGUUACAGAGCUGGUGAGACAGAGCAGGAUCGGGAAUUUGGCACCGGCACACGGGACUGGAGUGGCGUGUACAAAGAGACAGAGCUGCUGGGUGAUUCCAACAUGGGACACGGAAACUGGCCUGACGCCUACGGCAUCGGGGACAGCUGCCGGCAGGAAGGGGAGUUCAGCCCCGGCAAGUCAGACUGGAGCAGCCAAUACAACAUUGGUGGUGCAGACAGCUCGAAUGGGGAGUUCAGUACCAGGAAACUGGACUGGACCAGCACCUACGGCAUUGGGGACAACAUCCAGCAGGACAAGAGGUUCAGUACCAGCAAGCCAGACUGGACACCUGAGUACAGUGUGGGUGAUGCAGCCCGGCAGGAUAGAGAGUUUGGUACCAGCAGUCCAGAUUCUACCCAUGAGCCUGGUGUCGGUGAUAUUGACCAACAGGAUAGAGAGUUUGGUAUUCGCAAGUCAGACUGGACCCGCCAGACCGGUGUCAGUGAUACAGCCCAUCAGUAUAGAGAGUACGGUACCAGCAAGCCAGACUGGACCUACAAUCGUGGUGGUGAUACAAACCAGCCGGAUAGAGAGUUUGGUACCAGCAAGCCAGACUGGAUCAACAUGUACGAUGCGGAUACUGACCAACAGGAUAGAGAGUUGGGUACCAGCAAGCCAGACUGGACUCACGAGCACGAUGUCGGAGAUACAGACCAACAGGAUAGAGAGUUGGGUACCAGCAAGCCAGACUGGACUCACGAGCAUGAUGUCGGAGAUACAGACCAACAGGAUAGAGAGUUGGGUACCAGCAAGCCAGACUGGACUCACGAGCACGAUGUCAGAGAUACAGACCAACAGGAUAGAGAGUUGGGUACCAGCAAGCUAGACUGGACCCAUGAGUACGGUCUCAGUGAUAUGGACCAUCAGGGUAAGGAGUUUGGUGCUGAGAAGCCAGACUGGACCCAUGAAUGCAGUGUCAAGACCAGUGGGCAGGGUAGAGAGUGGACCUGUGAAUACGAUGUUGGCAAUACUGCCCAGCAGGACAAGCCAGAUUGGACCCGCAAGUUCGGUGAUGAAGCCCAGCAGGACAGAGCGUUCAGCUCUGACAAGCCAGCAUGGCUUGGUGAAUAUGGCAUUCACCAUACAGACCAGGAGAGUGCCUUUGGUUCUGGUGUUGGAGACCCCGACAGCCCAGCCCAAGAGCCUGGUGCCAGGAAGCCGGGGUGGAGCGGCACCGACUGGCAGGAAAGCAAGUUUCUCUUUGCUAGGAGGGAUUGUGCCAGUGAUUUCAGGAUUGGAGGAGUUGAGCACGAAAGCCAGUACGGUGUCAUUGGGACUGAUCGGGCAGGUGGCUUUGGCUUGAGUGCUUUGGAUCCAUCUGGUGCCAUUGGAACCCUGGGCCCAGCAGAGCUUGGAGAGAGCCGGACUGACUGGGUUGGCCAUACCAGGACUGUGGUCCUGGAUGAGCCCAGAGAGGCUGGCGUGGGACACUCCGACUGGGCCCAAGAUCUAGGACUCCAUGGCACAGGUCCUUCUAUUGGCCUGGGGGCAAUCAGUCCUGAGGAGCCCACCAGGGGAUGGAUGGACUGGACAAACGAACUGAGCGUGAGCAGCAUGGAUCCCUCCAGCAGUCUGGGGGUGGAGGGCUUCGAUACACCCAGAGAGCCUGGCGUGGGGCAGCCAGACGGGGACAGCGACCUCGGCACGGGAGGUCCGGCCACAGCCAGUGGCUUCGAGAGCGUGGGCCCAGCAGAGGACAGUGCGAGACAGACUGACUGGAGCCAUGAUUUCGGCUCUGGGGACGAGGGCUCCACUGAGACCGGGGAGGCUGGAGCAGGGCAGAUGGACUGGGCCAGCGAGGUCAGGAUUGGACGUGGGAAACAAACCAAUGCCACAGCCAUGACUGGCUUGGAGCCGCAUGGAGACAGCAGUGGCACCGGCAGCCCCCGGCUCUCCGGCUCGAGCCCCCUUCUGGAACAGAUGUUGGCCAAAGCAGCCGCCCAGCGCAAGAGCCCCGGAGAGGAGAGGGGGCUGCCUCCUGGCCCUGAUGCCCACCCCCCUCCCUUGCCACAGGAGGAGGAUGGUGGGUCCUGGCCCGAAGGGGAUGGCGCACCCAGCCUGCCGGACGCCACAGACGGGGGCGGGCUGCCGAUAGAUGCGAGGAGGCUGAGCCAGCCAGGGCGCUGUGGGAGCCAGCCCUCCCCGCCAGGCGAGGACUUCGCCUUCCUGGAGGACAUGGAAGUUCUUGACAGCACCAUCUACCGGAGCAGAGCCAACCUGGGCCGCAAGCGAGGUCAUCGAGCACCGGCCACGCGCCCUGCAGGCACCCUGGCACCGUCUGAGGUGGAGGUGGCCGACUGGAUGUUCCAGGACUCCACAGAGCCCAGAGCGGUGUGCUGGGUGUCCUCAGAUGAGGAGGCGGCGGAAGAACCCCGGAGCCGGCGGGCACGGCCCUCGCUGGUGGCCAAGGGGUUGAAGGUGCCACUCUUCCCGGGCCUGAACCCCUCAGCUCUAAAGGCCAAGCUGCGGGGCCGGAACCGCUCUGCAGAAGAGGGGGCCCAGCUGGGGGAGGCCAAGCCAACCCUUCCCAAGGAGCCCCACGUCCAGCGCUCCAAGUCCUGCAAGAUUCCCGGCUUGGGGGGGAAAUCCCUGGUGCUGCCCCCCAAGCCAGAGAAAUCCUCAGGCUUUGCCAUGGCCGCUGCCUCUUCGCCCCCCAGGUCAGAUGCCACCUCGCCCCACUGGCUGCAAGUGCUGAAGCUGAAAAAGAAGAAAUCCUGACUGCCCCAUUGAGGCCUUUCUCUCCUGCUGCUGGGGCUGGGACAGCUGACUCUCCAAAGAGGCUCGUCGGGGUGGAAGAGGGGACGACGCAGUGAUUGGAGACUCCCCCCGCCCACCCACCGUGCACAGCUGGGACCUCCGGCAGGGCAGUUGGAGGGUGGAAGUGGGGGCAGAGAAGGCACAUCUAUGCACUUUGUAUCACACGCGCUCUCUCCCCAAGCCGUCAGGUCCCUCUGUCCCCGUCCCUGCAAGCUGGCUGCUUCCUCCGCUCUGCCCUUUAUACCCCGUACCUGGUCUAAAGCCUCUUAUUAUUUUGUAAUCGGUGACAGGGCCCAGCCCUGGCUCUUCCCCCUUCCCUGCUAAGUCAGGGGCAGGGUGAGUCCUGGGGUCAGGCAGUUCGCUCACUCUUUGCUGCUAUCCUACACUUUGCCGGCCAAGAGCAACAGAUUAUUUUUUCUAUGCCACUUGCCGAAACAAUAAACGAUUUUGGGUAA